UUCAGCAAGGACUCACUGUAGACCUCCUGAGAUACGCCAGCGAAUCUUGAGAAGAAAAAAAAAGAUGAAUUCUGAAGACUGCUCCAUAACAGAAACUAGCUCUUCACAUCUGGAGAGAGGACAGAAGGAUCAUGGCACCAGUAUACAUUUUGAGAAGCAUCAUGAAGGAUCCAUUCAAGUUCCUAUCCCUUGUGCUGUGUUGACCGUCAUCAUCAUUACUUCCUUAAUUAUAGCUCUCAUUGCCUUGAGUGUGGGCCAGUACAAUUGUCCAGGCUUGUAUCAGAAUUUGGCAUCAUUGGACCACCGUGUUGCUUCCUGCCAGGACGAGUGGGUUGCAUACCAGAGGAAAUGCUACUUUUUCUCCACCACAACCAGCAGUUGGGCCUUGGCCCAAAACUCUUGUUCUCAAGAUGAUGCUACACUCGCUGUAAUUGAUUCCGAAAAGGACAUGAUAUUUCUGAAGCGACACGCUGGAAGACAGGAACACUGGAUUGGACUGAAAAAUGAAGUUAAUCAGACAUGGAAAUGGGCAAAUGACAAAGAAUUUAACAGAUGGUUCAAUCUGACAGGGUCUGAGAGGUGCGUGUCUCUAAACAGCACAAAUAUUGCUACUGAGGACUGUGAGAAGAACUUACACUGGGUCUGUAGCAAGCCCUCCAGAUGACAAGGAAGCCUUUAUCUAUAGAUGACUGUGCCAUGGAUCCACAGGACAGUUGUGUGACUGGAUGCUACUCUAUGGUCAAAUUUUUCACAAAGACCUCACAGACCAACUUCACAUCAUCCUGAGACUCUUCCAGAUAAGACUGUGGGACAUGACGGAGAGACUCCAGGAUCUGUAUUGGAAUAUUCCUUGACCAUGAGCUGAAAAAGUCACUCACUGAUGAAUAAUCAUAUCAAAAAACUGAGAGGACAACUAUGAAGCCUCAUAGAUGCACUUUAUAUUUUAAAUCUAGAAUGAAUAAAAUGACUAGCUUUAGAGUUACUAUUUAUUGCUGAGUGGCUGCAACAGCCAGUGCCUUUAUGCAUUUGCACUAUUUGAAAGGAUUUGGGUGGUAGUAAAAGCUGAAUGUAGAUAUGGAAAAAUUUGGCCGAUUAAUGAUUUUCUUAAACUCCGAAAGUAUUCACAAGUAGACCAAUGCUUAGGACACCAAGCUUUGCAGUAGCUUCCUCUAUUUACGGACCUUUGUCACAUUAUUUUGUCAAUUGUCUUUCCCCAAAGUGUAAGGAUGACCUUUUCUUUAACUUUCUCAGUGCAGGCAGUUCACUUUCAAUGGUACGUAUUUCUUUGACUUUAAAAGUCUUCCUUGUAGUGAAGAGACAAAAGCACACCAUAUGAGAAAUAUUUGUAAAGCAUAUUUCAAAGUGCUGGAAACAAAGUGCAAUAUGUGUCAUGGCAGAUCUCUGUUAGGACCUACAUCAUGCGGAUUGACCUUUGAAUGAUUCCAAUCUUGUCGAAUAACCUAUUUGUGUCUUUCCCAGUCCAUAAGA